GGACCAUCCACCAGCCACGUGACCGAGACCUCGUCAUAUCGACGGCUGCUUCUGUUUCCCCGCGAUUAAAGCUGUAUCCAGAGUUCCAGCAGAUUACAAAUCAAACAUGCCCAGCACAUUCUACAGUGAGCUUGACCGCCAUAUUCCUCGACUCAUGGCUUUAUUCAGACAGAAGGCAUCGAGAACUGGGAAGACAGCAGAUGCUCUGGCUAACAUUUUAAAAAUCCACGAUGAACAGGAAGCCCAUGACAUUCACAGCAAGCGCACUACUGUUCUCCAGGCCCUUCCUGUGUAUCUGCGCGAGGACGUUUCUGGAUUUUUCAUAACCUGCACAGUCAAGGUAGAUGAGCCAGUGUUUGGUGUUGCAGUGGGCCUCCUUACAGUCAUCAGUGACCAUAACGCAAGUCCAGUUCAUUACCACCCUCGGAGAGUGUCUGUCAUCGUGGAAGGUGAUGUUGUGGUCAGCCUCCCCAGACUUGGUGAAGCCUUCAUGGUCGUCUUUGGACUGGUCUAUGCACUACACUUCAGACCCAGUAGUCACUGUGAAUUUGUUCAUAUAGUUUUGAUAAUAUGCCAUUCCAUUGUAAUUUCUGCCCUGCUUACCCAGGAAAGCACACUGCAUGACUUUUUAUUAUUUAUUAUUAAGCCAAUGAUGUUCAUUAUGUUUUCAUUGGGCUUAAUAAGAAGAAGAUUUGGACAAAAAGGUGUCAAAGCACUUCGCCAUUUGGAGAGGCUGGAAAAGGCGCGCGCCCGCUACAACAACCACCUACGCUUCAAUCUCCGAUGCAGAGACGAGAACAUCACGCCAGCUAAUAAAUGCAGAGUUCAGAGGAAUCACCACAAUGCCGUUGACCUCAAAGUUUAUGUCACUGCUGGAUCUUUACACUCCUAAACUGGUGAAAAUCUUCAGAAAGAAAGUCCCGAGAACAAGAGAACGCAGCACAUGAAAAUAAAACUGUCAGUGUCUUGAAUACAGGGGAGUGAAGAUUAAACAGGCAUGAAUCAGUCCAAAUACACGUUCAGAGGGACAGUGAGGAGGAACUACUGUAACAUGGUCGAAGAUCUGUGUGGACGAGGUCUCCUUUCAGUCCUCCUCUGCGUUAUUAUGGACGAUUCACAAACUCACUUCAACAUGAGCUUCACUUUUCUCUGCACAACUAAAUAUUCUUCACUAACCCUGAGCCGUGUUCUCACUACUCGAGUCCCUGCGCCCUCUGCUGGAACUUCCUCGUGUGCGGCUCCGGCUCGUCUGUGCUCCACGUGAACACAAAGAGUAAAGAGACCCGGAGCAUCCUGGAGAAGGAGCCCGAGCCCGUCCGCGCUCUCUGCUGCCACCCCUCACGCCCCCUGCUGGUGACGGGGAGCAGGGACGACGCGCUCACGCUCUGAGACACCCGCGACCGACGCACCAUCACCCGGAGGAAGUUCAGACGCCAGGGGGAGCUGACCUGUGUGACCUACGACCCCUCAGGAGAGGCCACCAACACCAGCAGCACCCCGGGCCCACAGACGGCCCCACAGACGGCCCCACAGACGGGCCC